AUGGCACCCACCGACAUGCUUCUGCAAGUAGCACGCCCCCAAGCGAAGUUUUUGCCGAAGCAGGUGGCUACGUUCUUUUUCAAGCGCCUAGUAAAUGACAACAACGACCCUACCGGCUACUUCGAAUGCAAGGCUUGCGGUCGGUCCCGCAAGCAGGCUGCCGGAACAGGGUAUACCAACCUGGUAAACCAUGUUCGCAACGAGCAUCCGACGUUUGAGAGAGAGAUGGAGAGUGCCUCCGCUUCAGCCACCAGCUCAUUUAUCCCUUGGGUUCGACAGAAGGCAUCCAACCGCUUCGCAUGGCUGGAGUGGGUGGUGAAAUCAAACCUCCCCCUCUCAUUCGUUGAAAAUCCGGUGACCCGUCGUUACACCAAUUUGCCUCCAGUCUCUGUCGAUACGCUGCGUCUCAACAUGGAGGCGGUGACGCGCGAAGUGGAGACCAUCAUCGGUGCCGAGAUGCCCAACGAAUUUGGGCUGAUGCUUGACGGGUGGAGCAACGGCAUUGUCAACGAGCCAGAGGAUGACCGCGGGGCCAAUCUGAUGGGCGUUCCUCUUGUUGGCUGUGCAAGCCACCGCUUGAACUUGGCGUUAAAGGCGUUUUUGGCCCCCUACGAGGCCGACCUCUGCGAAGUCCAACGUCUGAUGAAGAAACUCAAGACACUCAGUGAAUGGAAGAAACUCCGCCAAUUCAUCGUCAUCCAUGGACAAAAAGCCACCCGACUCAAAGCCCUCUUGAACGAGCUUUCGGACUGCGAGUCCGUUUCUCUUGCGCUACAAGGCGACGACGUUAAUCUUCUAGAGGCGCGCGACCUACUGGAUGGGCUUAUUGCAGUUAAGCCCAUUCUAAAUACCUACAUUGAGGCGGAGAAGACGCUUGAGCUCGAGGCGGAGGCCGCCUCGUCAACUCCAUCUCGUCGAAGUCCGAGCCGCUUUCUUGACCCUCCGUGUUGCCCACCUCGUUCCCGCUUGAUGUCGCUAGGACAUCCGUCGCUCUUUUAGCCCCUCGCAGUCACUCUGUCGCCCGUGUGCGCAUCUCGCAGUGGCUCACUCGUCGGUUGCACAGGCU